GAAAUGAAGCAAGUAUAUGGAGGGAGUAUGUCACUACUUAUUCCCGUUAUCCACUCGGUACAUGACUACAUGUCUACAUGUAACAAUGUAACAAUCGCUUCUUACAAAAAUAAAAAAGAAAAAGAGAGAAACAAAAACAAAAUUAUACGUAUUAGUGUAUUACAGUACCUAUGAGUCUAUGACACAUGCCAUUGGCCAAUCACUGUAGAUAUAGUUGACCCGGCCCAGACAAUCUUAAAACCCUAAAAACCCUGAAUUCCCCUGUUUCUUAACUCUUCCCUAGUCUCACUUUCUUUCCUUUGACCAAUCUCAAUCUUUGUCUCUUUUUCUCUCUUUAACUCCACUUCAAUAUGGACACACACUUGCUUCUCAGUUGCUCUGGUUCAAUGGAGGCUUCUGUCUCCUCUUUGAUGGAUUUUCUCAAGGUUGAACUUUUUCUUGCUUCUCUUCAAUCUCUUGCCUUUCUCCAGAGAUUUCUUCUCCUUUGUUUGACUGCAGAACAUCUUGCAGACAGUGAUCUUUUCAAGAACAAAUGGAUUUCUUUGUCUGACUUUUACGAAGUAACGAAAGCUGAAGGUGAGGCCAAGGAUGCCAGUGAUUCAGAAAACGACGAUGAAGAAGAUGAUGAUGAUGAUGGUGAUGGUGGUGAUGAUGACGACGAUGAUGAUGAGGACUUCUCAGGAGGUGAGGAGAGUGAUGAUGAUGGAGAUCCUGAAGAGGAUACGGCAAACGGUGGUGCGGACAGUAGUGAUGAUGAUGACGAUGAUGACGACUCCGAUGAUGACGAUGGUGACGAUGAUGAUGAAGAUGAUGAUGAUGAAGAAGAAGACGAUGAUGAUGAAAAGCAGCAACCGCCACAGAAAAAAAAGAAGUGAGAUGGAAUGUUUGUAUUUACUCUCCCCCUUUCUUCCCUUUCUUCUCUAGUUAUUGUCAUUGGUGGGGCUUUUGGGUCUUUGGUCUCUAUUUAGGAUUUCGGUAGACAAAAUUAGUUUCAAUGUCUUCAUGAUAGUUUAAAGUUUGUUUAUGUAGAUGGGGGAAGAUUCAUCUAUGUCCUUUGAUAAUGAUCAAAGUUCUCUGUAUUAGGCGUUCGUUAGAUCUGUUUUAUGUUAAUUCAUUUAGUUCAUAAUUUUUACAUUGGAAAUGAUUUCCCUUGAAAUGGAAGUCCAAGAAACAGAACAUAUUGACAAAUUCAUGAUUAUGUCCUUAA